AUGGCAGCACAAAAGGGCUCGUGCUUCCGCGGCUUCCAAUUAAUGUUACAACCUUCAUCAUAUUUUCCCCGUCGGUUUAGGGGUCUGCGGCCAUCUCUCGCGAGAGCAAUGUCCACUCCUAGCUCCGAACCCACCCCAAUGAUCCACGAAGCUAUCGACGAAGAAACAAUCCCCAACUACAGCCCAAAUGACUAUUACUCGACGCACUCGGGCCACGUCCUUAAUAACAGAUACCAGGCAAUCACCAAGCUAGGAUGGGGGUUUGGUUCUACUCUCUGGCUGGCAGAAGAUCUGUGGCGAUUCAACGAGGUCGAAUCUCCUCGUUAUGUCGCCGUCAAGAUAGGAGCCUGCACAUAUGGCAGCAUCGCUGCUGCUGAGCACGAGUUAACGCUCUCCCAGCGCAUUGCCUCGACCAACCCAUCUCAUCCUGGCGCCGGCUACAUCAGGACUCCGAUCGACAACUUUCAAAUCAAUGGAUCCCAUGGGAUUCAUAUCUGUUUGGUUUAUCGUCCAAUGAGGGAAACCUUGUAUGACUUCCAGCGCCGGUUUAAGAACAGGCGAUUGCCCCGCCAACUCCUUAAGCUUUAUGUGGUUCUCCUCUUGCAGGGCCUCAACUAUCUCCAUUCCGAAUACCUUAAAGAUGACAAUGUCCUGGUUGAUUUGGAAAGCGAGUCAGUUUUGGAAGAUUUCGUCCAGCAGCAGAGACAAAUUUCCUUGCCUCGACAUGUUAUGGACGAUGGCCACAUCACUUAUCUGUCACAGAGUGAAUUCGGGCCACUUCGAGACUACUUUAUCCUUCCAGAGAUUGCCGACUUGGACCUCGCACAGUCUGGUGAUGGGCCCGCCCGUAUUCAUCCCGUCCAACCCCACCGCUACCGCGCGCCGGAAGUCAUUCUAGGAACUGGAUGGUCAUACAGUGCGGAUAUAUGGAAUAUGGGUGUGUUGAUAUGGAAUAUGAUGGAAGGUAAAGAUCUAUUUACCGACCUUAAGGACGAGGAAGGACACUACAAUGCGCAUGCCCAUCUUGCGCAGAUGACUGCACUAUUGGGACCACCUCUAAUGGCUCUCCUUAAGCGGGAGAGAAGUUUCCGCAAGUUGACCUUCGCGCCCGAAGUUCAGAACCCCAAAGGACAGUUGUGCAGGAACGCAUUCCAGUACUUUGGAGGCCCAUUUUUCGAUGAUAAUGGAGAAUUUAUCCGUAAGGACUUGAUCCCGCGAGACCUUAGAAUUGCUGAGACCGUCACUCUUUUUCAAGGAGUGGAAAACCAGCAGUUCCUAGACUUCGUGAGCAAAAUGCUCCAAUGGCAGCCGGAAAAGAGAAGGACAGCCAAGGACCUGCUUGAGGAUCCUUUUCUUCAACUGGAGGGCGAGGAUGAUUGA